AUAUACAUGGUCAGCUUCGGACGGAUAUAUUUGUUUGCAUCCAGAAGGAAAUGGAAUAAAGAAAAUACAUAGUGGAGUGAGAUGUGCCCGUGCGUACUUGGAAUUUGAACUGGUUGUAUUCUUUGUUCUAACAUUUUAUUAGGUUGUUAGCGAAUUAUUAAGUGUUUUAUAGUAUUCAAAUUAUAUGUCUUAUUGUUUCUUAUGUUGUUAUAGAAUCAUAUUACAAGUAAUAAAAGUAGUUUGAAUAGUAAAGUAGUAUAAAUUAUUUGUACUUUUUUGUUUGAAUAGUAAAGUAGUAUAAGUACUUAGUGCAGUAGAUUUAAUUCGUAUUGUGUACCUGCUGUAAUUUGAUAAGUAUUGCAACAUAGGUUUUGUAUUAGGUAUUUUUAAUGUUUUAUUUGUGUUUACAGAAACUAAAUACCUGAUAGGUUUAUCACUCACCGUCUUCCAAAAUGACCGAAAAUAAUAAGGAAUUUGCUGAGUUAACUAAAAAGAGAAGUAGCUUUAAAGGUAGAAUUACCAUAUUCUCCGGGUUUGUGCAGUUACUUGAAAAUAAAACAACACAGUUGUCGUCCAAGGAAGCGAAUGAGUUGGAAUUGAGAAUUGACAAACUGAAACCUGCUGUGCCUGCUGAGCGCGUUGACAGUAGUAUCAUCAGCGCGACUCCGUCCGCCGGCAAUCCAAUUAACAAUUUAACAUUAUCGGCGAGCGUGUCUUCCGCGAGUCAAGUAGGAACUAGACGCCGCGGAGACGUUUUAUUAUCGACUGCGCUAGUUAAAUUGUACGAUUCGAACAAUCGCGAACAUAUCGGUCGCGCUGUUUUGGAUUCCGGUAGCACAUCAUGUCUGUUAUCAGACAAAAUGUUUCGUUUGUUAAAUUUGCCUUACGAUCACAUCGAUCGACGUGUGCUAGGUAUAAAUAAUGUCACAUCGCCAAUAAAUAAAAUGUGUCACCUACACAUGAAGUCAUUAAAUGAACAAUUUUCAAUUAAUUUAAACUGUUUCAUUUUGCCGUCUUUAACAGAUAAUGUACCUUGUCGGCCUCUCGACGUGUCAAGUCUUAAUAUACCUACUGACGUUUGUUUAGCGGAUCCUCAUUUUCAUUCGCCGUCGUCAGUCGACUUGAUCAUAGGUGCUGAUGUUUUUUGGGACAUUCUAGGAUCGCAAAGAAUUAAUUUAGGUAGGGAUCAACCUACACUUUGUGAGACUAAGCUAGGUUGGAUAGUAUCUGGCCCAAUGAAGUUAUUACCGUUAUCGGUAUCUAACCCCAUUCGGUGUAAUUUUGUAAACACCGACUCGACUAGUGAUAUGUCGAAUGAUAAUAUUCAAAAUCAACUAGCUCGUUUUUGGACUUUAGAAGAAGUAAAUAAUUUAAAUAACCGUUCUAUUCUCUCAUCAGAGCAAAAGUUAUGUGAGGAACACUUUACAAAAUAUACCUCGCGCUUAUCGGAUGGUCGCUUUCAGGUAAGAAUACCGUUAAAAUAUGAUUCUACUGUUUUAAGCGAUACUUUAUUUCGAGCUAAGCAGUGUUUUAUUUCUCUGGAACGUAAACUUCUUAAAGAACCGAUACUUUGUAAGAUGUACCGCGAAUUUAUGUCGGAAUAUCAGACACUAGGGCAUAUGUCUGAAUGUGAGUUAGUAUCGGAAUGCAAUGCUAACUUUAUACCGCAUCAUGGCAUUUUACGUGGAUCUAAAUUGAGGGUGGUAUUUAAUGCAAGCUUUUCAAGCAAAACUAACAAUGCAACUUUUAACAGUAUUCAAAUGGUGGGUCCAACGGUACAGGAUGAUCUGUUAUCCAUUCUAUUAAGAUUUAGGCAGCACAAGUACAUCAUUAUAGCUGACGUAGAAAAGAUGUACCGUCAGAUACUUGUGCAUCCUAGUGAUAGGCAUUUACAGCGAAUUGUUUGGCGCGAUGAUCCUGCCGAACCGCUUAAGGCGUUUGAGCUUAAUACCGUAACGUACGGUACUGCUAGCGCACCAUUUCUCGCUACUAGAUGUCUUAAGCAGUUAGGACUUGAAUGCGAUGACAAACGGAUUGCUGAGGUCAUUCUGCACGAUUUUUAUGUCGAUGACUUACUGACAGGCGGAGACGACCUAAGCACCGUGCUUGAAAUACGUAAUAAAGUCUCAGCCACACUCGCUUCAGCUCAGUUACCACUUAGAAAGUGGAAAUCUAAUGAUCCACAAUUAGUAUCAGAGUUCACUAAGUCCUCGCAUGAUCUGAACAUAGGCGGUAUUGAACCAAGUAAAACCUUAGGUUUAGGUUGGUAUCCGGAAUCGGAUCAGCUUUAUUUUCCGAUUAGUGCAUCAAAGUUUGAAGGAAACUCCAAACGCGAAAUUCUUUCUGUAGUUUCCCAGAUAUUCGAUCCGUUAGGACUAGCCUCCCCGGUUAUUAUAAAAUUUAAAAUGUUGUUACAAAGUUUAUGGUUACAGAAUUUGUCGUGGGAUGAUUCUUUACCUUCGACAGUCCAUAAAAAUUGGUUGGAUAUCAGUAAAAAUUUAAAUGUUUUAAAUAAUUUACGCGUACCGCGCUGCGUGUUAAUACAAUCUUUCGUGCAAUUAGAAUUUCAUAUUUUCUCUGACGCUUCCGAACAAGCAUAUGGUGCCUGUUUUUACGUUCGUAGCGUAGAUAGUCACGGAAAGAUUUUAGUUCGCUUAUUAUGCGCUAAGAGUAGGGUAGGGCCUAUUAAAGCCACCACUAUUCCUAGGCUUGAAUUAUGUGGUGCUCAGGUCGCUGCCAAACUUUAUGAAAAGGUUACUAGCUCGUUAAGAGUUCAGGCUACACGGACUGUAAUCUGGACUGAUUCCACAAUCGUAUUAGGCUGGUUGAAGAUGUUACCGUGUAAAUUAAACACAUUUGUUCGCAAUCGUGUUGGUGACAUCUUAGAUAGAACCACUAAUUGUACGUGGCGACACGUUUCCUCCGAGGAUAACCCAGCGGAUUAUGUAUCACGCGGAGUAAGCGUUGGCGCUCUCGAGUCUCUUGAUAUGUGGUGGUCAGGCUCAAGCUUUUUAAAGGAACCGGAACCCCGGUGGCCUUCCACAGUAAUAAAUUCCGAAUCGCUACCUGAAACGCGUAUGGAAAUAUCGUGUUUAGCAAAAUCUGAUACUUCUUCAGAUAUCAUUAAUCUCAUAAAUUUUGACCGCUUUUCUAAAUUUAAUAGGCUCAAGCGUACCGUAGCUUAUAUGUUACGAUUUAUUGAAGCAUGUAAGGGUAGGCGUUCAAAAACCGACUUCCUAACCGACACCGAAUUGAGUAAGUCAUUGCGCGUAAUUGUUAGCAUGGUUCAAAGGGAAUCGUUUCCUGAAUAUGAGACGUUAAUACAAAAGAAAUCUUUACCUAAAAAGAGUGCAUUAAUUAAAUUCAACGCAUUUUUAGAUGAAAACAAUUUGCUUAGGGUCGGAGGUCGUUUAGGAAAUUCUGAAUUUUCGUAUGAUAAAAAGUAUCCUUUAAUAUUACAGUCCACACAUCGAUUUACAAAAUUAUUAUUUGAACAUGAACAUACGAAGCUCAUGCAUGCCGGGCCUCAACUAUUGUUAGCUUCAAUUAGGGAUGUCUAUUGGCCCAUCGGUGGUCGAAAUUUAGCAAAGGCAAUUUAUCGCCGCUGCAUUAAAUGCACUCGAAUGAAGGGAAAGGUUGUAGCUCCUAUUAUGGGCAAUCUACCGCAGCAGCGCCUCACGCCCGGGGGUUUCCCCUUUGAAUCCGUUGGCAUUGACUACGCGGGCCCAAUUUCGUCAGCUAGUCGUCAGGGACGUGGAUGUCGUAUCUUAAAGGUGUAUAUUGCGAUUUUUAUAUGUCUCACUACUAAAGCCAUUCAUUUAGAAUUAGUAAGUGACUUAACCAGCAACAGUUACAUAUCAACCAUCAAAAAGUUCAUCUCGCGCCGCGGAAAACCGCGCCAUCUGUCCUCAGAUAAUGGAAAGUCAUUUAUUGGAGCGUACAAUGAUCUAGCACGAUUCUUACAGGAUAACUCUAGCUCAUUAUCUAGCGAUUUCGCAAAUGAAGGAAUUGAUUUCCAUUUUAUUCCUGCUUAUUCGCCUCAUUUUGGUGGUAUUUGGGAGGCGGGAGUGAAAUCUGUUAAGUUCCAUUUAUAUAGAGUGCUAGGAAAUUGUAAUUUUACCUUUGACGAGUUGUAUACUGUUUUAACCCAAAUAGAAGCGAUAUUAAAUUCUCGGCCACUCACUCCACUUUCGUCGGAUCCUGAUGAUUUCACGGCAUUAACUCCUGGACACUUUUUAAUUGGACGACCCCUCACUGGACUUCCAGUCAAGGAUUACCAAGAGAUCAAAACCAAUCAUCUCAGCCGCUAUCAUCGAAUUGAGCAACUUCGACAGCAUUUUUGGGCACGGUGGACCAAAGAGUACGUGUCGGAGCUGCAAAUCCGUACUAAAUGGCAGGUUCCGACUCAGCCAAUGCAAAUCAACUCAUUGGUUCUUUUAAAGGAAGAUCAUUUACCUCCGUUGAAGUGGAAACUGGGGCGAAUAGUAGCACUGUACCCUGGGAAGGAUAAUGUCGCAAGAGUUGCAGAUGUGAAGACAUCCACUGGAGUCAUAAAGCGAUCCUUCAGCAGAAUUUGCCCACUGCCCAUCAGUGAUACUGUUUGAGUUGGUUGAAUGUCAAGACAUCAACGCCCGGGGGCAUGUCUACGACCGAAACGCCUGUUUUAAAUAAUGGAGCAAUCACGCGGUUGCACGUCAGCGUAAAGUCUCUGGACAGGGGUUAUUGGCAUUUUUUGCAAGUCAUAAAUUGAUAGUUUUAUUCUGGCCUAUUAACUGGGCACGAUUAGACGCGUCUCUGUUUGUUACUUAUAUGUAAUUACCACCAAUAAAGUUAAGUUCAAGA